AUGCACCAGGGAUCUUUAGAAACUGACAGUGAAGAUGAAAUUCCCCCAGCGUGGGAGGAAAGGGUGACAUUUGAAGGCAAAGUAUAUUAUGCAAAUCAUGAAACUAAGGCUACACAAUGGACGCACCCUACAACAGGAAAGAAAAAAGAAGUGAAAGGAGAAUUACCUUAUGGAUGGGAAAGAAAAAUAACAGAUGAAGGAGUUGUUUUCUUUAUUGACCAUGUUCAUGAGAAGACAACUUAUACUGAUCCCAGAUUAGCAUUCGCUGAAGAAAAGAAAGACCCGAUAAUAGGAUUUCGACAGAAAUAUGAUGGUAGUUCUACAGCUCUGUCAGUAUUACAGGGUCGUGAUUUAUCAGAUCAGUAUGUUAUAGUGACUGGAGCUAAUAGUGGAAUAGGUUAUGAAACAGUUCGUUCACUGUCAAAACAUGGUGCUUCAGUAGUGUUAGCAUGCCGUGAUAUGGUGAAAGCUAAUGACUGUGUUAAAGACAUACAGAAAGAAAAUCCCAUGGCUAAGGUGGAAGCCAUGUUCCUGGAUUUAGCUAAACUAUCGACUGUUAAAAAAUUUGCUGAAAAUUAUUUAGCUAAAGAUCGGCCUUUGAAUGUUUUGAUACUGAAUGCGGGGGUGUUUGGUUUACCAUACAGUAAAACAGAUGAUGGAUUAGAAACAACAUUUCAAGUCAACCAUCUAGCUCAAUUUUAUCUUACACAAUUAUUAACAGAAUUAUUAAUCAAAUCCAGCCCUUCAAGAGUUAUUGUUGUAUCCAGUGAGUCACAUAGAUUUACAGAUUUGAAUCGUAAUAACAUCAACACCUCUAAAUUAUCACCAAGUUAUGCUCAAUAUUCAGAUUUAAAAGCCUACAAUUUAUCAAAAAUAUGUAACGUGGCGUUUAGUAUGGAGUUAAAUAGAAGAUUACGUAGUAGAAAUGUAACAUCCCUGUCAUUACACCCUGGUAAUAUGAUGUCAACAAGUCUACAACGUAACUGGUGGCUGUAUAGAUUACUCUUUACACUAGUCAGACCAUUUACUAAGUCCAUGCAACAAGGAGCAGCAACUACUGUUUUAUGUGCAGCAAGUAAAGAAUUAGAAGGAAUUGGGGGUUUAUAUUUUAAUAAUUGUUAUAGAUGUCCAGCAUCAGAAGCUGCCUGUGAUCCAGUUUUAGCUGAUAAAUUAUGGACAUUAAGUGAAAACAUGUUAGAAGAUUGUUUAUCCCAUGCACCUAGUUGA